AUGCGGCAGGAUCUGCGCGUGCAGAACAUCGCGGAUAACUUCGCCGUUAGCGUGUACGAACUCCACGCGCGGCUCUGCCUCGAGAUUGGGGAUAUCGGGGAGUUUAACCAAUGCCAGGCCGCGCUCAAACGGUUGUAUUUGGCAGACGCGAUACGGCUGUCGGAGUGCAAGAUCCCGGAGUUUUUUUGCUAUAGACUUGCUUAUUUAUCGCUCAGCCAGCAGUACGAUGCCUUGUCGACGGAACUGAUUAAUUAUACCAAUGCACAAAUGAGGGGGUCUUCUGGCAAGGCUGGGAUGGCCGAGUUGUUGCCUAAGCAGGAUGUCAAACACGCGUUGAGGCUUUGUGAGGCCUGUGAUGAAGGUGAUUGCACCGCUAUCAGCCGUUAUUUGACGUACUUUCCAAGGGAAAUGAUAUUUUUGCUCGGAAUCUACCUACCGCGCCUGCGGGUUCGCUGGCUUCGCGAAAUUUUAUGCGGUUUUAAGGGGGCCAUAUGGAUUUGCUUCCUGAUGACUAAUCUCGGCUUCACGCCGCAUCAUCUGCGUUCUAUGAACCCUAAGUCAAAUGAAACUGAUACAUCGGAUUCGUGCUUUUGGAUUGAUGGGAGCAAGGAGCAGGCCAAAAAGGCCUUUUUGGAGUUUUUCGAGACGCUGAAAAUUCUACUUCCCUCUAGUUUCUUGUUUGAAAAUGAGAUCCAGCGGGAUGAGGCACGAAAACACGGCGGGGGGAGCCGAAACUCAACGGGUGAAGUGCCCUCGCUCGAUGCGGGUGAAAUGCGGCAGCUGGUAGAGCAGCACAUAACCUAUUUGAGCACUCGAAAAGACGCUAGUAUCUAA